GUUUGUGCGUUUGUAAGAGUGUCGUCAUGCACAGGAACGUUCAAUAUAAACGAUAAUUUGGUCGCGGUUGCUGCAGUGAAUUCGACGUCAUCACUCCGCGACGAGAUUCUGGACCAAUCCGAAGUCAGAAGUGGCCUUCUCGGUUUUAUUGUGGUGGGGAAAAACACACACAGGGGGUCGCGUAGGUUUUAAUCUUUUGACCGUAGGGUCUGUGUUAAUCUGUGCAGAAAUUAAUCGGGUUUCUAACAGGAAUGUGUGUUAGGAUCAGGAGAGCGUGUGUGACUCGGUUCGUGUUUAACCAGGCGCGUGAAUAGCGUUAACUCUGAAUGGCUUGACAGCGCUGUGGAUCAGGUCGCGGUGUUUUAAAGAUAUUUUAAAAACAACUCGAUCCCGAGCAAACAGCGGGAUCGAUCGGAUUCCAUGAUGAACUCGAAGCGAAACAAUGCGGGGGAGAAUGGAGGAGGAGGAGGAGGAGGGCGCAUGAACCCGGCGGUGAGCGAGACCUCCGCGGGAGGAGCGCACCGGAAACCGAGCAGCGCGAGCUCUCCCGGGAAAGCCGGCGCGCGAGUGGACAGGUGCGAGCACGCGCACGACAGCAGGGGCACCGUGACCGUGUCCUCCCUCCGGUCCCGCCUCGGACCCACCAUCAGGUCCGCCCUUUCCUCCGCCGUGGAGACGCUGCUGGGUGAGAUUGCGGCCGUGAUGUCAGAAACCGAAGACGAACUGCUGUCCAAAGAGCGUGAGAACGAAAGGCUAAAGGCACGCCUGGACACCUCUGAGCGCGAGCUGAAGACGUUGCAGGAGUGCCUGUGCAGCGCUCAGAAGCUGAUCGACCAGCUGCAGGGGCCGUUCAACACCCAUCCCCCUCCUCUUCCUCCUCCCAUGGCGGGGCAGCACAGUUACGGCAAUCAAGCGCCAGGCGCAAACGCGGCCCGUCUGACGCACCGCGGGGCUGGAGACGAUGCCGACCCCAGGUGCUUCGCGAACAGCGAGGCAGAGCUAAGUGGAGCACUCGGGGAUGCCAUCCACGGCUUCGAGGCCAGAGAUGAGUUCAAAAGCUGUCACCUGUCCAUCCAGGCCGACGGAACCGUCACCAACAGCUACUAUGACCCCAUGGCGGUUCACACUGGCGGCAUGUGCCACGAUGUCAACAGGGCAGGCGAGAUGAGUGAUCGACGGCUGUCUCACCCUCCCUCACACUCCCCCUACGGCGUGAAAGAGGAACAGGGUCCCACGCCAGGGCCAGUGCGUGUCCGAGGAGACGGCGAUCACGGUGCCCAGGGCGAGUGCGAUCAGGGUUAUACCCACGUGGUGGAGGAGCCGAGCGGUCCACGUUCCCGGAGAAAUGCUGCUAAACACACUCCGACUCCCGGCUCACAUAACGGCCCGUCUUCUUCCUCCGCUGGGACACCCUCACAGGGGCCUUCCGGUCUCCGAGGCGCUUCUAGAGCCGUGACCGCGGCAUCCUCCAGGCAGAGUCCCGGUACGAGCGACUCCUCGCCCGACGGCCGGCGGAGGCGGCACCCGCCCUCGGAGCUGAUGGGUGAGGUGGCCGGCGAGCGACCGCACCUCUGCCUGGAGUGCGGCAAGACGUUCCGCCUGCUCUCAAGCCUCAAGAAGCACCUGCGCAUCCACACGGGAGAGAAGCCGUACCCGUGCAGCGUGUGCGGACGACGGUUCCGCGAAUCCGGCGCUCUCAAGACGCACUUGCGCAUCCACACAGGCGAGAAGCCGUACGCCUGCAGCGAGUGCGGCGCUCGUUUCCGCCACUUGGACGGCCUGCGCAAGCACGGGCGCACGCACACGGGUGAAAAGCCGUAUGCCUGCGGCGUGUGCGGGAAGCGCCUCAGUCGUCUGCAGCACCUCAAGCACCACCAACGCAUCCACACCGGCGAGCGGCCGUGCCGAUGCCCCCUGUGCCAGCGCUCGUUCCAGGACGCCGCCAGCCUCAGGAAGCACCUCGUCAGCAUGCACCAAGGAGAACCGGGCGCCGAGGAAGCCCACGAAAGGCUGGCGGGCACCGACCUUGGAGAGCACAACCUCCAGGCGUCUGUGGAGGACGAGGAGAUGAGAUUCGAGAUGUGGGAGGAGGAUCGCGAGGAAACCGACGCCGCCGUGGACUGCGUGUAGGGUUGCGUGAAAAUUCGCCCAAGAUAAGCAGAUCCACGAGGUGACAUCAAAAAAAUUACAUCAUUACCUAACCUGGUGAAACGAUCCCAGCUUUUCAAAACGAGUGUGUAUUAUAUCCUGAUGAGAAACUCUGAUCCCGAUAGCAUCCACAGACACACACGCGCACACACACUGCUGCUUAUCCAGAAUAACAAACUAAUGCUUUCUGGAAUCAGUUCGGCUCAUGUUGUGACUCUGACCUCGCUUCGUCAGAGCGUCCUCAUUACGGUGUCAGUAUUCCUGCAGAACGUCCUGCUUCCCUGGAGACUCUGCGUCAUCUUACGUCACGUCCCCGGUUCUCUGUUGUAGUGAGUAAUAAUGUAAUAUAGGUACUGUGAGAAAUAGAACCGUAAACAUUGUGGAUCUCUUUCUCCUAUGCAUAUAGAAACACACACACACUCAUGUUUUGUUUACCCGUCAGCUGGCAAAAGUUGGCUUUUUUUGCAAUAAUAUGUACCUUUUUUUUUUACAGCAUUACAUCGUCAUAUUUUUGCUUUAACUUUCUUGAUUUCAGUUUAUUUACAUGCCUGUCCUUUCUGGCCCUGAUUUUUUCUUUCUUUCUUACCCUCCAACAAAACAACACAUUACAUUUAUUUAUUUUAAUUUUUUUAAGGAGGUUAAGACAGCUGUAGUAAGGGAUGACGUAUGUCAGUCAAGGGCUUGACAUAAAUGAAAAUUACAUACCGCUGCUUCUAAAGAAGAAUUGCUAAUCUUCUAAAAAAAAAAGGAAUCUAAAAAUCUUCUCGCAUGCAUGUUGCCUGACUGGUUUCAUUUCUGGCCUUUUAAUUUCCUGCAGAUAUUAAAAUCUUUAGAGAAAAAGAAACAAAAAAGAAAAACAAUGCCCUCUUGUGGUCAAAGAUUUCCACAGCAGGAGUUAUUUUUGUUUAUUUUUAUUUUUAUUUUUAUAUUGGUUAUAAAAAUAUUUUUUUUCUCCUUAUUAAAUUUUGUUGUUGUAGUUUAACUCAUUACCUCCCAGCUUAUAAAUUUUUUUUUGUACAGUUUAUAGAAUUAAUCGGAAGAUCAAAGUGUUUGCCCUCUUCUGAUCAGAAUGAGGUACUGCAUGUUAACGGUUUCUGAAGCAGGCGUUAUUUUUGUUAGUUUUUAUUUUCAUUUCUUUUGUUAUUUUGUGUUUAACAAAAUACCAUGUGAGUGUAUUUACUUUUGUUACCACCAGUCUCCUCCGUAUUCCUGUUGUUUUUCGCGAGACACAGGUUAGAGACAUCUAGAAACACGCUGCCCUCUAAUGGUUGAAAUGAGAAACUUAACGAUCUGGGGAGUUUUUUAGUGCUUUUUUUAUUCCCCCCCUAAACAACCGUUCCCUGUUUAUUUGCUCUUGUUGAUGUAUUUUAUUUGUUAUGUAGCACUAAAUAUACAGUACAGCAGAAUAAAAGAAAUAAAAGAACAGGGAUGAUACAAUCUUUCGGAUCAUGCUGCCCUCUUAUGGUCAAAUCAAGCAACUACAUGCUAAAUGUUUAAAGCAUUUUUGUUUUCUUGUUUUUGUUUGUAACCCCAUAACCUUCAUGCCUAACUGUUUUUUAUUGUGUAUUGCUGAAUACUGUAUACGCUAGUAUAACUAAAAAAAAAAACGAAAAUAUAUAUAAAAUGUUAACCCCUUUGUGGUCAACCUGAGGAACUGCAGCCUGGAUGUUUCCUUAAAGGAGGAGUUACGUUGUUUUGUUGUAUUUGAAUUUUAUCCCUUCAGUCAUGUAAACAUUUGUGAAUAUAGCAUAUAAAAUCAUUUUUAUUAUUUUGUUUUGUUUUCCUUUUCAUAUUUUUGUUGCAUGGUUUGACUUCUUUGUAUUUACAGCCCUUUUCUUGUCUAGUGUUAAACAAUAGCUCUGUAGUAGAUACUUUUAAAACUAAUACCAACAUAAGCCGUGUUUUCUUAACACCUCCACGUGUAAAUAACCUUUAAAUAUAUCUCGUUUUAGUGUCGAAUAAAUGUGAGUAAAUAAAAGUUUGGUAAAUGUUACGUAAAACUGGAGGGGGAAAAAUAGAUUUACCGUUACUGUGUUACACAUGAUUAUUUUUUCUUUUCAAUAAAAACCGAG